GUUUUGGUACCCGAAACGAAACGACUACCGAAAUUAUCCAAGCCCCGCGACAAUCAUCGUCCAUUUCAAUUUGCGUUCUGCCUAACCCUUUCUCUUCAAUCAUCCCCUCUCAUUUUGUCACGUAUCUUUUCCAUUCUUUACGGAUUAACUGAUCGCAAGUCCGCAUCAAAACUUUCCCCAAUUUGUUUUCGCCUUCGACUCAAAAAGUUUUCAUCGCUUCUCUGUGGACGACUGUCCUCCAAUCCUUCACAACUUCUCCGACUCUGCUGGUUGGUUUUGCUAAAUUCAUUCAUACUCUUGCGCUGGAAGCUUUGAUUUUAUCGUCUAUCUUGGAGUUUCUGAAUCUGGGUUUUCAUGGAGACUCUUCUCAAUCUUUUCAGCCCAACCUUCCCUACAUUCUUCCUCAUGUUUGUCUUGCUAUAUCUCUUUGCUUUCUUUGUAAUUCUUCGCAACUGGGGUACAAAGCAUCGACCGGACGCUGCGAGCUGUCUCCUCUCUCUUAGCCAUGGCACUCCUGCUGUUAUCAUGGCCAUCCACGCACUAAGAAACGCCCCGACGCCGCGUAGUUUUGCUUCUCCGAACGCUGCUUUCCAAAACACAGUCUUGGAAUUCAGCAUAGCUUACUUCUUGAUGGACCUCAUCCACUACCUGGUAUUCUUCCCCAACGACAUCUUAUUCAUCAGUCACCAUUUAGCUACGCUGUACGUGUUUGUGACCUGUCGUUAUGUGGUUCGUCACGGGGCCUUGGCGAUAAUCGUGCUUCUUGUUCUGGCUGAGGUUACCAGUGCUUGUCAGAACGUGUGGAGCAUUGCUAGGUUGAAAAAAGCUGAUGUUCCUGCGGCUGCAAAAUUGUACGAGUUUCUGUCUCCUCCUUUCUAUGUUUUCUAUUCUGUUGCUAGAGGGAUUUUGGGGACGGUGGUGGUGUAUAAGAUGGGGGUGUUUUACGCAAGUGGGGCAGCUGAUAAUGCUAUUCCGAGGUGGGCAUGGAUUUCCUGGAUGGUUGUAAUUGUUUCUGCAAUCUUGAUUAGCUUGUUAUGGAUUUCGAAUAAAUGGAUAUAUUGGUAUAAAGAAAAAAGUCUCCAAGUCCAGAAGAAAGUCAGGUAAAAUAAAAUCUGUGGUUUUUUUCUUUUCUUUUCUUUUUUGGCUGGAUGGAAAUUGGGAAUCAUGGGGUUCAACAGCUCAACAGUCAAGUCAGAAUUGGAUGUGAGAUUAUGGAUCCCUACAAUGUUCAUAAUGAUGGUCUGUAAUUAAAGGGUUGUAACUUUGUAGUUAAAUUUUAUGGGUGAUAUCAUUUAUCUGUAUAUGAUCAUAUACAAUAGGCAUUUGUGAUGUUUGUUGCAAUGAAGAUAUCCCAAAGCCUAUUUGCUUAGAA